AUGCAAUACCCUUGCGGUGUUUUGGUUUGGAUGAGUGUGUGUUGUUACCUUGUAUUCGCAAUUGGACCAUCGGCACUGUGGCGUUUCAAGGAUUUUUCUUGUCCUCCUCAAUGUCAUGAUUGUUACUGCUCUUCAACACAAUAUCCUCCUCUCGAUUGUGGGAAACAUGAUCCAGUAAUAAACGAGGAUACACUGACAAUGCUAUCUGAGGAAUUGAAGUUGCAGAAAAUUGUAGCCAAUGAGACCUUGGAACACACCAGAAGAUUAGUAAUGAAUGCCAGAAAUACCUUUUCACAAUAUAUAAAAGAAGCACAAAAGUGCAAUAUAGGGAUGGAAACUUGUGAACAAGCAAGGGAGAGAGCUGAGGCAGAGUUUGUCGAAGAACAUAAGUUGACAGCAUUGUGGGAAAAUCGAACCCGUGAUUAUGGGUGGAAGGAUAAGAAAAGGACACCCUUAAGAAGUUAA